GGAACCGCUUGUGAAUAUUGACCUUUUGUCUUGAGCUAAAAUUUGGGAUGAAAAUUAAUGUUGUUUUUGAGGAGUUGAAAUUCUAAGGAUCGUGCACUUUGAUCUCAUAUAAAAAAUAAGGAUCUGAACUAUCUGACACUUGAUGCAAAGGAUUUAAUUUGACAGAUUACGACCAUUUUUUUUUUUAAAUUUUCACAUAAGGUCCAACUGAGUUUUUGUGAUGUCCAAGGCAAAGGGCUCAUUCUUUAAUGUUGCCAACAAAAUCAAGAUGGGGAAGAAAGUUGAGAAAUCUCUGAAGGGGGAAAAAAACCAGUCAGCUGUAAGCCAAGACGAGGAGGAUCCAAACAAAACACCAGUACCUAUAGAGAGUUUUCACAAGGAGGCGUCUAUACGUUUUCUUACUCCUGUAGAUCCAUCCAGACCGCUAGAGCCAUACAGCUGCACGGGGAAUUUCCAGGCUGACUUUACAGAACUGUGUCGCCGUAAUGCCAUGGUAGCCAUUCCUCCCGUGAUCCAUCGAGCGCGACCGCCCACACAGGCGGCACCAGAGAGCAGUAAACCAGAGAAAGGGAAAGAUAAAGGCAAGAGUGCGGUUCCUGAACCGGAACCGGAGCCAGAGGUGGAUCCGGAGGGUGAGAAUGCCGAGCCUCCACCUAAGACCUAUGUUAUUAAGGAUAAGUUUGAAUACUUUAAACCGGCCAUCCAGGUAGAAAUGGAGAAUUAUGACAAACCAGAGACAGUCACAGAAAUCUACAUCAGGGGUUGGAAAAUAGAUGAUAUCAUGAUGAAUACACUAAAGCAGUGCUGGUCUGUCAUGGAGAAACUACAUACCAUUAAUUUAUGGAACACAGGUUUAACAGGAGAAACUGUCAGUAUUAUGGCGAGCACACUGCCAAGUAUAGUCAACCUAAGGACUUUGAUUUUAGAUGGGAACGCUGUUAAAGAGGAGAAUUGGCAUGAACUGAUCACAGAUGAAAGUCCUGUACAGAAUCUCUCUCUGAGGCAUUGUGGCAUCACAGACAAGGGAGCCAAAUCUAUUGGGGAGGCCCUCGGCACUGUGAAGAGGUCCAACAAUAAACUGGUCACUCUCAACCUGGCAGGGAACCAGAUUUCAGAUCAAGGCACAAUAGACAUAGCAAAUGGCCUGAGGAUGAACCGUACUCUAAUGUCUCUAUCUCUAUCCAGUAACCAGGUGGGAGACAAGGGGGCCAUCAAACUAGGGGAGGUGCUUUCAAGGUUCCCUCUGACACAUGAGGAGGUGGUAGAGAGGAGGAAACAGAAAUCUUCACUGGGUUCUCCUGACAGGAAUAAAUCACCUCCACCCAGUCGUAGAGCUGACUCCAAGGACAGGCCGGGGAGUGUCAGGAGUAGUUCACAACACGAUAAAACGGACCGCAACAAACAGAAACAGUCCGCCAAAACUAAAAAGGAUGCGGGUAAAGGAGGAAAAGAAGCCCCCAAGGAGGAGGACAAACAUGACAAAACAAAAGGAAAGAAGGAUGAUAAAGCAGCAGCUAAAAAAGAUACCAAGAGCGGAAAAGCUAAUGAGGAAGAAUCCAGGAGAACCCAGCACCGGGGUUCUAUAACCAAAGACAAAGGCGGAAACACCACUGGUCGAGGCUCUGGGGCGGCUACAAUGCGAUUGGUCACAUCUUUUGCCGCGUCGUUAGUGGCUGAUACAAAGAAUGCAGCCAAGGGAAAAACAAAGGGGAAAGACAAGGGCAAGCCAUCCCAGGCAGAACCAGAGGAUAUGGGAGAUUCAUCCUUUAUAAAUCCCCUAACAGAUGAGGCAGAUUUUAUUGAUGGUCAGCUGUGGGUGCCUGGCAACCGUGCUCUUAUAAAUCUUAAUCUGUCACGGAACCAGAUUGGUGAACAUGGAAUGGCUGCCAUUUUGAAGGCUAUGCAGUAUCAGACGACCCUUGCAAUGGGAAGUAAAUCUGGGGGAACUGGACUGAUGAGGAUCUGUGUGUUUAAAAACAAGAUUUCCUCCGACCAUGACAUUGUCAGGAAGAUGAAUGAGAUCAUGCUUCCCAAAGAUCCGUUCUACAAACCCCCUCCCCAGACACCGGAAGUGGAGUCUACUUCCUGAGUAAAAUGGCUGCCUAAUAAUGAUAUACAUAAAUUAUUCUAAUUAAUUUAUCAAAACUGUGGCGUAAAUGGGUGUAAAACAGACACUAUACCAGUGGAGAUAAAGGAAUUCUCCUGUAUUGUUCAAUAAUUGUGUGUGUGGAUGGAAUGUGGAUACAUCAAGCACAUUACUAUAUGGCUGUGUUGAAUUUGAAUGCAUUAAAUGAUAAAUAUUUAAAUGAAUUUUGUCCAAAAUUGCACCGUCCAACAAGGAAGUCUGUGAUAAUUUAUAUACAUGUAUGUUUUAUAAUGUACUUUAUGUUGAAGUUUUGUAAGCUAUGUUUAUGUGAAAAUUAUGUUGUUAUAUAUAAUUAUUUUAGUAAACAAUAAUGUAAUGGA